CAGGUGUCUGGCAGCCCCAAGCCAGCGGGCUCCGGCCAGGCCUGCAUGUGCUCUGCUCUGCUCUUGCCUCUGCUCUUUCCUGUCUGUAUAUCCCUGGGGAAGAGGCCUCACCUCUCUAAGGCUCAGUGUCCUCCUCUAUAGAGCAAGUGCAGGGCACCCAGACUUGAUAUAAAAGCUGAGUGAAGUCAUGUGUGCCUGGUGCUUGGCACAUGGUGCACACUCAGCAAGCCCAGCUGCCCUCGUGAGUGGACAAGGCGUCGGCAGCUCCGCUAACCCAGCCAGCAGCAUAGCUUCCUGCAGCCUGGACACUAUGGAGCUGGGGCCACGGUCUGCUGAUUGAUGCCAACUGGCUCCCCCCCCCCCCAUUUUACCAUUUGCCCAUUUCUGUGAUGUAAUCGCUCCCACCAUGGCCCAUCCCAGAUUCCCAGUGUGGAGUCCCUGAUCAUGGAGUAGAGAGAGGUCACGGGCUCCCUCCCACAUGUCACUGUCUGGGCUGCAGAGACAGGAAGAUACACAACCCACUGGGGACACAGACGCACUGGCCAUGUGGUUAGUGCCAGAGCAAGUUUGCCAUCCAGGAUUAUGGAGCAUGGGAGGCAUCACCCAGCCCGGGCUUGGGGCUGCAGCUGAGGGCACGCGGGAGCCAUUCCAGGCAUGGUGGCAGGACCACAGAAGGGAGUACAUGUGGUGGGAGGGACCAUCAGAGAGGUGCUGGUGGGGGGUUCAAGGCAGAGGGUGAGGCAGCAGAGACUGGAGGAGGGGUGAGGCCAGGUAGGUAGUCUGGGCUGCUUAGAGACAGAGCAGCUCCAAGAUGAAGUUCAGACCCUCUUCUUGUGUUGUCUUUUCCUUUAGACGGUUCCCAGCAUGUUACUCGUCAAACUGAUCGAGGGACGCCUGGCUGAGGAGGACUGCAUCAGACGGGGCUGGAUCCUGGACGGCAUCCCUGAGACCCGGGAGCAGGCGCUGAUAAUCCAGAGCCGAGGGAUCAUCCCCAGGCAUGUCAUCUUGCUGAGUGCUCUAGACACGGUCCUGAUGGAGAGGAACUUGGGGAAGAGAAUCGAUCCUCAUACUGGAGAGAUUUACCACACCACCUUCGACUGGCCCCCUCAGUCUGAAAUCCAGAGCCGCCUGAUGGUGCCAAGCGGCAUCUCGGAGAUGGAGACGGCCCGGAGACUGCUGGAGUACCACAGGAACAUCGUCAGGAUCCUCCCUUCUUACCCCAAAAUCCUGAAGGUCAUCAGUGCUGACCAGCCGUGUGUGGACGUCUUCUACCAGGCUCUGACCUACGUUCAGACCAACCAUCGAUCCAAUGCCCCGUUCACCCCCAAGGUGCUGCUGUGUGGGCCCUUGGGCAGUGGGAAAAGUCUGCAGGCCGCCCUCCUGGCCCAGAAAUACAGCCUUGUCAACGUCUGCUGUGGGCAACUGCUGAAAGAGGCCGUGGCAGACCAGACGAAAUUUGGGGAGCUCAUCCGGCCCUUUUUUGAAAAGAAGAUGGCAGUCCCCGACAGCCUCGUCACGAAGGUGCUGAGCCAGCGCCUGGACCAACAGGACUGCAUUCAGCGAGGGUGGGUGCUGCACGGCUUCCCGCGAGACCUGGACCAGGCGCACCUGCUGAACAGCCUAGGCUACUCUCCCAACAGGGUGUUUUUCCUGAAUGUGCCCUUUGACUCUAUCAUUGAGCGACUAACUCUGAGAAGAACUGAUCCAGUUACCGGAGAAAGGUACCACCUCAUGUACAAGCCACCUCCGACCAUAGAGAUCCAGGCUCGUCUCAUGCAGAACCCAAAGGAUUCUGAAGAGCAGGUCAGGCUCAAAAUGGAUCUGUACUACAGGAACUCUGCGGAUCUGGAGCAGUUCUAUGGGCAGGCCCUCACCCUCAACGGGGACCAGGACCCGUACACAGUCUUCGAAUACAUAGAGAGUGGGAUCACUAAUCCCCUGCCCCAAAGAGUCUCCUGAUGGGUUCCGAGCAUUCCCCAAGGAGACAAGUUAACCCACCACAUCCCCGCUCUCUACCAAUCUCUACCAGACCAAUAAAGAGUGCUGGGUACAUUCUCAUGUGUCCUAAAGGUGAGGUAGCCGGAAGGUGGGCUUGUUUUGGGAUCUGGGAACACAGGACAGGUGAUGCCCAGGGAGGUGCUAAGGUAGAGA